AUUUUGUGGCGCGUAAGGCAGGAUUUGCAUACACAGGAGCAGAGCGCCUCCCUCAAUAGUUUGGUUUUCCUUUCCAAAGAAGUGCUUUUCUAACCGGUCUGUCCUCUCCAGUUUGCUCGGCGGAGGUGGAAGUUAAACUCGGGUGGAUCAACUCCUCCGCCCAGCCAGCGCUGACAAACUUGUGCGCUUUAUCUUGUUGCGCUUUUGUUUUUUCAGUCGUUCGCCGCAGUUGUUCUCCCGUCGGUUUUGUGAGGGGUCUGGGCCGAUCCAUUAAGAUGUCUGAGACGAGCAAGAAAACGAUGACGACGACAACCUACCGGACCGUAAUGGCCUCUCCGGAGCCGGUGACUAGAAAGGUGAUCACCGGGACUACUAUGAUCCCCGGCGGGGUUAUGCCAUCGGUGACGUCGGUACCUCAGGUGUCCACAGUGCCGUACGCUGUAAACGGCUCCAGCUAUGGAACGUUGCGUUACCUGGUGCCGGUACAGCAGCAGCAGCAGCAGUCCUAUGUCCUGAUGCCGCAGGCUGUCAUGCAGCAGCCCGUGAUGCAGCAGCCCAUGAUGCAGCAGAUGGUGUCGCCAGUGUACCUGCAGAAUAUGCAGCACCUGAGCGUUAGCAGCCAGGACUCCACCGACUUGAUGUACCAGCAGCAUGUGUUGGCAGAGAGCAUCAGCGGGAGAUCUUCAUCUGUGUUCAGCCAGUCAUCCAGUCCUGUCAAGAGCCCCGUGCCAAGUGUUGAGGCGGAGGAGGAAGUUGAAGAGGAGGAGGAAGAGGAGGAGGAAGUGGAGGAGGAUGCUGUGGAAGUGGAAGAGGUGGAGAUUGUUAAUGUCAUACAGACAAAACCACCUCCUGUGAUAGAGAAGGUCUCAAGGAAGGAGGUGAUGACCGAGCUGAAGAUGAUACCAGAGCCGACGAAGUUGGACACGCGCUACUUCGGCGAGCUCCUGGCUGAUGUCUUCAGGAAGAACUGUGACAUCUACAGCUGCAUCGCCGACCAUGUGUCCAAGCUGCCUGGAAAGAGGCAGCAGCUGGAUUGCAAGGUGGAUAAAGAGGAGGUGGAGGCUUUGAUACCAAAGGGAGCUACUGAACUGACCAAACAACAAAUGCGCUACCUGCUGCAGACUCGUCUCACUGCAGAUAAGAGCAUGCGUCUGCUGCUGUCCAGCUUCAGCAGUUUGAGAGAGGAGCUCCUGCACAUGUCUGAGGACCUGCGGCGUCUGGAGAGCGAGAAGGAGUCUUUGGAGAGAGAUCUGAGUUUCAAAGCAGACCAGGCUCGGCAGUAUGACUGCCUCCUGGAGACCGUCCGAGAAAACAACAGACAGCUGCAGAUGUCUCUGAAGGAAGCCCAAACCACCCAGCGUUCACUAGAGAGUCAGAUCAUGAGCAACCAAAGCAGCGACUCGAGCCGCGAGUUCAAGAUCAAAGAACUGGAAGGAAGAAUGAGAGCGAUGGAGAAGGAGAAUGAGAUGCUGCGACAGAAGCUGACAGGUCAAGGCAACAGCACCACUCUGCAUAUCAGAACAGAGGAGUUAUCACGCCAGUACAGUGAGCAGCUCAGCACCAUGAAGCAAGAAAAAGACCGGGAGAUAGAGAGGCUGAGGUCCCAGAUAACAAGGAUUCAGACGGAGGUCAGCACUGACAGGUCAUCCUCAGAGAAGAGUCUCCAACUGAAGAUCUCAGAGCUGCUCGCCAUGUUGGAGAAGCAGAAGACCACCAUCUCCACACAGGAGGAGGAGAUCAGAAGACUGAUGCAGGUGAAGAAUGACAGCUCCAAGAACGUCACAAAGACCGUCAUCACCAAGAGGUACAGGAACCAGUACCCCAUCCUCGGUCUGCUCAGCGACGAUUACCAGGCCACCUCACCUGUCAAAGACGUCAAGACCAUCGUCAUCGAGAGAACCGGAGAGAUGAUCAAACAGGAAAUCAUUACAACUCCUUAAAGACACACUGCUUCUCUCCGACAGGAAUGAAUGAACGACCAGAAGAUCCGGAUGUCACUCACCCCUCUCCCCCCCUGCAUGCUCAUCCCCCUCUCUUUAGGGCUCCCAGGGAUGGUGGUGGUUCAAAUCCCGUUCUUCCCCCAUAAAUUUGUGAUCUUUGGUUUGACCAAAUUGGGAUUGUUUGGGGUGACAAUUUUAUCUG